AGGAAUGGAAUCAGUGACUUUCCAGGAUGUUGCUGUGGAAUUUACUGAGAAGGAGUGGACUUUGUUGGAUUCUUCUCAGAGAAAACUAUACAAAGAUGUAAUGCUGGAGAACUAUAGCAACCUAGCAUCAGUGGGGUAUCAACAUGGCAAACCCAGCCUCAUCUCCCACUUAGAACAAGAAGAGCUGAGGACAGAGGAGACAGAAAUUCACCAAGAUAUUUGUCCAGAUUGGGGGACUUCAUCAAAAAACAAAUGGUCAAUUCUUAUGGAUGAUAUUUUUGGGAAAGAAACAUCCAGUCAUGUGGAAAUGGAAAGAACUCAUCUUAGAGAGAAACCCACUGAAUAUACUCACUUGUUUGAAGUCUUCAGCAUAGGCACUCAUCUUACUCAGCAAAUGGGAAGGUGCACUGGGAAGAGGCCCUAUCACCGCCGUGAUUAUGGGGUAGCUUUUAAAGACAGCUCACCUUUCACCCAUCAUAUGAGCAUUUAUGGUGGAAAAAACCUGUAUGAAUGUCACCAGUGUCAGAAGGCCUUUACCACAAGAUCUUCCCUUACACAUCACAAGAGAAUACACACUGGGGAGAAACCUUAUGAAUGCAAUGCCUGUGGUAAAGCCUUCAAUGAUCCUUCAGCCCUUAGGAGUCAUGUCAGGACUCACACCAAAGAGAAACCCUUUGAAUGCAGUCAGUGUGGAAAUGCAUUCCGAACCCUCUCCUCCCUGAAGAUACACAUGAGAAUUCACACUGGAGAGAGACCUUAUGAGUGUGAUCAAUGUGGGAAGGCCUAUGGCAGGAGCUGUCACCUUACUGCACACAGGAGAACACACACUGGAGAGAGGCCCUAUGAAUGUCACGAUUGUGGAAAAGCUUUCCAGCAUCCCUCACAUCUUAAAGAACAUGUCAGGAAUCACACUGGAGAGAAACCCUAUGAAUGACAGUGUGGAAAAGCCUUCCGAUGGAAGUCUAACUUCAAUUUGCACAAGAAAAACCACCUGAUAGAGAAAACAUAUGAAUGUAAAGAAUGUGUAAAAAUCUUUGGUGAUCUCAUAUCAUGGAGGAAACAUAUGAGAAUUCAUGUUGUAAAGAAACCUGUUGAAUGUAGACUGUGUGGAAAAGCCUUCAGAAACCAAUCAAUCCUUAAGACACACAUGAAUUCUCACACUGGAGAGAAACCAUAUGGGUGUGACCUAUGUGGGAAAGCUUUCAGCACAAGCUCAAAUCUAACUGCACACAGGAAAAUACAUACUCAAGAGAGACGCUAUGAAUGUACUGUGUGUGGGAAAGUCUUCAGUGAUUAUUUAUCACGGAGGAGGCAUAUGAGCAUUCAUCUUGUAAAGAAAUAUGUUGAAUGUAGACAGUGUGGAAAAGGCUUCAGAAACCAGUCAACGCUUAAGACACAUAUGAGAACUCACACAGGAGAGAAGCCAUAUGAGUGUGAUCAUUGUGGGAAAGCCUUCAGCAUAGGCUCUAACCUUAAUGUGCACAGGAGAAUACACACUGGGGAGAAACCCUAUGAAUGUCUUGUCUGUGGGAAAGCCUUCAGUGAUCAUUCGUCUCUUAGGAGUCAUGUGAAAACUCACCGGGGAGAGAAGCUCUUUGUGUCAUCGAUGUGGAAAAGGCUCCAGUGAAUGUGCCUUCUUUAAGAGAAACAAGCUCAGACUCGUAGAUAUAAGGAAGGCAAGAAAGUCCUCAUGAGUUCUCACCUUAUGUGCACAAAAGAAUACAUGUAACUUGGG